GAGUCAGAAAUGAAAGAGUAGGUGAGACUGAGGGCUCACGGGAACAAACCACCCAACAAGUCCAAGUCCGAGGCGAAGAAGACAACCUGGAUUUUGUCAUCCCCACCGUGCCGUUGAUCCCUACAGUUUCGGAAGUUUGUGGGGUUAAACAAAUGGAUCACAUAAAAUCACUUUUUAUUUUUAUAUUUUAAAUUUUCUGGCACCACUCAAAGAUUCAGAUAGCGGAAAAUCUUUCGGAUUUGAGGACCAUGUAGGGAUAAGUCGAUGGGGUUGUAACAGAGCCACGAAAGGAGAGGAGUUUUUGGUUUCCAAAACCUCGUUUCUUCUCAACACACAAAAAAAAUGAUGCAGAAACUGUGCUUGAUUGCUUCCCAUGGAUGCCCUCCGGGGCUAACUUUGCAGCAAGAGCUGGCCAUGGUUGGCUGCACCAUUACCAAGGGUUGUCAACCAUUAUUGCCUUCAUCUGUACUGAAACCUGAAAUUAUCAGAUACGGAUCCCCACUAAAUCCAUUUGAGGAGUCAAGCAAGUCCCGAAAAGAGUGGUUCAAUUCUAAUCAGAUUGUCAACGUGAACUUGUCGACUCAAAGGCCUAUGCUUAUUGAUGUCCAAGAAACAUAUCCAAGCCCAGUAGAUUUUGGCUUUGGCAUCGUUGAACAAUGCAGUGAGCAUGAUAAAAUUUUGCAGUGUAUCAUGUCUGAGAGUGCUGAAGCUGGGAUAGGUGGAGUACAUAUAUCUUUGUUGUCUGACUUGAUGGAUUUGCAAUUGUCAAGCAUUGAUGAACCUCAAAAACCAUUGACACCUCUUAUCCCAAAAAGCAAAUUCUUCAUCCCGAAGCUUUUGCUUGAUAUUUUUCAAGAUUCGCCCAUUAGUUCAAAGAUUACAGUUCAUCCAGAUGGUCAAGUCACUUUUAUGGACACUGCAAUUGAGAUAAAAGAUCUUCUUUCUGUAGUUGCUGACUCAUACUUAUUACGUAAGGGUGAAAAACAAUCUAUGCUUGUUCCACACUUCAGCAGGAUGAGUAUCAACGAAGUAGAAGUCAGAAGUCUUUCCUCCACAUUGGAUAUUCAUUCUACAUUGACUGUUCCUUUAAAGAGUCCUGAGAAAGUGAAAGUCAAGCCAUCACAAAAGAAGAACAAGAAAGUAGCCAGAGAGAGGGAUCUCUUCAAGAAGAACUACUUACAUGCAUGUGAGAGCCUUCUGUCCCUAAUGGUUGACAAGAGGCGACACCGGAAAACAGCAAUUCUCUCCCUGAAGAAAUCUGGUCCCGAGCUUCCUGAGCUCCUCACACAAUUUUCUGCCAGCAUUGCCGGUACUGGCCUUGCUGUCCUGCUAUCUGUGAUCUGUAAGCUAGCUUGUGGAAGGGGGGUUCCCUUUUGUGCUUAUAAGCUCCUCAACACUGGGUUUGGAUUUGGGCUGGUUUGGCUUUCUUGGGCAGUUAAUAAGCUAAGGGAUACAAUUGUCUGCAUGAACAAGAAUGCAGGAAAGCUUGGACUGAAAGAUGAGGAAAUGAUUCAAAAGGUCGACAAGAGCCUAAGAGAAGUUUACUUCAGAGCCGCCGCAUUGCUAGCAGUGGCAGUGCUAAGGCUUGCUUGAGUACUACCUCUGAAGACAUGAUCGCUUGAGUUUGAAGAGCGGUAAGCGUUGCAAGGCCACACAUUGGAACAUCCAUUGUACCUGAUCAGUUGGAUGUCCGUUGCCAUGGGUAUUGAGGAUGUGAUAGCAAAGCAAUCUUGGUUUCAAACCAAAUGAACCUUUGCUUGAUCUUGGAAGCACAAGAUUGUGGAUGAUUGGCUUGAUCAGCACUUGGGUGGUGUACUUACGGUAUGGUUAGUACCUCAUUUCAAUAAUCAAAGCAAAGAACAUACUCGUUUGCUUGGUACUAGGGCGGUAAGACAAAUUGUAAAGAGUAAUGUAAAAUUUUGCAAUGAAAUACUGUUUUGGUGAAAUUGUUGUUUGGUGUCAUCGCUACCAAAUGAUGCAAUAUCUUUGCAUGGAUUAUCUCUGCAAAAAUAUUAACGCGUGCUGUAAUGCUAGUGUCA